GAGGAUAGGUGAUCAUCAUUUUUUAAAUAGUGUAAAACUAACAUAGAGACUAGACUUUUUCAUACUAUAUUGCAUUUAUUAAAUAGAAGAGGUGUUUUUAUGUGAUUCUACAUAUUCCAUCAAACAUGCUGCAACUUCCUGAUAUCAAGGCUCUUUGCUUUCAUUAGCAUUAUCUUAGCUGUCGGGCAUUCUUUAGCAUUCUUUUAGCUGGGGUGUGUGUGUGUGAGAGAGAGAGAGAGAUGGAAGUUGAUGAGCUUGGUUUCUUACAGGAGCUUCUUGCUCUAAAAAGAGAGACAUGGGAGAGCUUCCCAACAGGAAGGAAUGAGUUCUUUUUCACUAAUGAAGAAAGCUUUGAUUGUUUUAAAGAAAACCCAAGUUUGAUUUUUCCAUAUUCCUCAAAUGAAGGACUUUCCACGUCAAAUGAACCCGCUUUCUGUUAUCCAUCGAAUCAAGUGUAUUUGCCACUUGAUGAUGAAUUUUCAGCUAAUGAGAUUGAUUCAUCAGCUAAGAAACACAACACCAUGCCAUUUCCGAUUCAAGAAGAUUGCCCACUGGUUACGGAGAGUGCAGGGCUUGGCUUACUUGGCAAUAAUCUUCAUAAUUCAGAGAAGAAACAGAGGAUUUGUGAUGUGGAGUGGGCUCCAACAGCUAAAACUCCAGUUUUCGACUUGGAGUUGCAUCGAAUGAAGACAUUGGAAAGGAAGCCAGCGAAGAAUCUGAUGGCAGAGAGAAGAAGAAGAAAGCGAUUGAAUGAUCGGCUUUCAAUGCUUCGAUCAGUGGUUCCUAAGAUUAGCAAGAUGGAUAGAACAUCUAUACUCAGCGAUACCAUCAACUACAUGAAGGAACUCCUAGACAGGAUCAAGAAUCUGCAAGAAGAAACUCAAGUGGGUUCGACUCAGCUGAAUCCAUCGAGCACUUCCAAGGAGACAAAACCAAAUGAAAUACUGGUCAGGAACACUCCCAAGUUUGAUGUGGAACGAAGAAGUACAGAUACUCAGAUAGAUAUUUGCUGUGCAGCGAAGCCAGGACUGUUGCUAUCAACAGUAGCUACACUAGAAACUCUAGGCCUCAACAUUCAACAGUGUGUUGUGAGUUGUUUCAGUGAUUUUGGAAUGCAAGCUUCUUGCUCUGAGGAAAUGGAGGAGAAAGCGAGACGGAGUUCUGAAGAGAUAAAGCAAGCACUACUCGAGAAUGCAGGUUAUGGAGGGAGAUGUAUGUAGAAGUGAAGAAACAAAAAUGUCUGGUCAGUACAAGGCUUAAGAAUUUCAAUCAGUUUCAGUAAGCUUAAGGAGAGUAGCAUGUCAGAGAUUACAGUUCUUGAAGCCUUUAAAGGUUGUAGUAACGAUUCUAAAUAAAAGGGUUGAUAAUCACUAGAGCCGCAGACCAAGCUCGCUGAUUGAUUUAUGUAAUAUGUUUAUUUUGAUUGGAGAUGUUUAUCAAAUAGAGGAAUGCUAGUAUGCAGUAUAUGUUGAAUAGAA